AUGCCAUGGCCACGAUGUGGAUUAGGCUGGCUUUGCAUCUUACUAGUUAUCUGUAGUGUUGUCACAGUUGUCUCAUCGUACUGCGUGGCUCUUUCUCAUGGACAUAUUUAUCCCUUUCUGCCGGCGAUUAGCGAAACUGGCGUCUUAUUUCCGGAGAAAUAUGUCUUUAGAGAGUUAACAAAUUUAACUGCGUUUUUGUUCAUCUCCAAUGCGUUUGUCCGUUUUAUGCAGUACAAGCUUGUGGCUGAGCAGUGUCGAGAGGAGCAUGUAAAACUGCGACGUCUCAACAAACUGGCUUUUGUGGUCGCCAUCUUGGCAGGUGUCGGAAUGACCUUCGUGGCUAACUUUGAAAUAGAAAAGGUAUGGCUAACACAGUUAAUUAUAUUAGUCUUAAAACCUUCCAAUUUCCUUCUGAUAUUGUUUCUGAUUUCUAAAGCGGAUAUAUUUAUAUGUAAUAAGUUAGUGAGUGGCGUUUGAGAUUCAUGACACCAGAAACUCGCAGAUCGUGAUACGAAUUUUAGAUAAAGCGACUGGUCAUUAUUUAUCGCCGAUAUGGAGGACUCUCCUCUGUCCCCCUUUUCCUCCCCCCGGUGAUAAAUAAUGAUUGGUCUUUGAGUGAAAUGCAAGCAACUUCACGCUUAUAUUAACUCUUGAAACUCAGGCUUUUUCUGUCUCUGAAGCUAACGAGAAAUAGAAGAGUCCCAUAGUUCAAACCGGAGAUGUCCUCUCCGGGCGGGAACCUUUUUGUCUUACCCCAGGUAUUAUCGUACCCCGAAAUUUCGAAUCUCGGUGGGCGGGGGGGGGGGGGGGGGAAAGGAAGACAUACAGUUGGGGAGGUGCCGUAAAAGAAAUCACCCCAGGAUGUUGAGUGAUGAGGAUAAUUUAGUCAUUUUUUAGAGAAAGAUAUCAUGGUUGACUAGAACGUAGAUCGAAAAAAAAGCAUUUUUGCUCUUACACUAUUCAGGACUGGUCCAUUCACGACAUCGGUGCGAUGACAGCCUUUUUCAGCGGUCUUUUUUACUGUUGGUUACAAUGCGCAAUGUCAUAUAAGCUACGAGACCACGGUGUCAUCAACAGCUCCGCAGUGUGUCACUCCAGAGUCACGGUCUCUCUCCUCAUAACCUUUUGCGUGGCGAUAUUUGGCGCGUGCCAGACCAAGGCCAAUUGGGAAUGGGACCAAGCUCGGCCUCAUUAUCAUUUCUUAGCCAAACUCAAAUGGAGCCCUGAAGAUCCGGGAUAUUUUUACCACGUGGUAUCUAAUGUUGCAGAAUGGUGCAUGUGUGGAGGAAUGCUUCUGUUUAUGUUGACGUUUGCGCACGAGUUCCAGCAAAUAGAGAUAACGUCCGAUAUUUCGUCUACUGAUUACUGGUGA